AACCUCAACGGGACCAAGGUGGCUGAAGGACACAAGGCCAGCUUCUGCCUGGAGGACACGGAAUGUGAAGCAGACGUGCAGAAGCAGUACGAGUGUGCCAAUUUUGGAGAGCAGGGGAUCACAGUGGGCUGCUGGGACGUGUACCGCCACGACAUCGACUGCCAGUGGAUCGACGUCACCGACGUCCCACCAGGAGACUACCUCUUCCAGGUUGUCAUCAACCCAAACUAUGAAGUGGCUGAGUCUGAUUACUCCAACAACGUGAUGAAGUGCAGGAGCCGCUACGACGGGCAGCGCAUCUGGAUGUACAACUGCCACAUAGGUGGCUCCUUCAGCGAGGAAACGGAGCAGAAGUUUGAUCACUUCACUGGACUCACAAAUAACAAGGUGUCCACCCGAUAG